AAAGUUAUUCCAGAAUGGCAGACCAGCUGGCCUUUACCAUGGAGAACCGUGAGCGUAUCGCGGCUGUGGAAAAUUCUUUUGGGCCAAGUGGCAAGGUUCUGUUGGAACCAAGCCGAAUUUUGGUUGGCGAAGGACGUUUGUUGAAACUGUGCCGACGGGGUCCACAACCCAAAGCUUUCUUCCUCUUUAACGACAUUCUCGUCUAUGGCAGUAUCAUAGUUCCAGGUCGGUGGAACAGCAACCAGCAGAUUAUUCCUCUUCACGAGGUACAGCAGGAGGAUUUAGAGGAUGGGGUUGAAAUGACACACCAGUGGCUCAUCCGUACUCCGCGCAAGUCUUUCUACGUGGCGGCAGCUUCGUCGGAGGAAAAACGAGAAUGGAUGCAGCAUAUCGAGGAAUGCCGGGCCCAGCAGCUCGAGCGUAUGGGUCUGUCCAAGGAAAAUUCCACGGGAGAUUUUGCCGCCACGUGGAUUCCCGACCGGGCUUCGGACAUCUGCAUGCGUUGCACUGAACGAUUCCGCGUUACUCAGAGAAAGCACCACUGCCGAUACUGCGGUUUCAUAGUUUGUAAUAGCUGCUCAAAGGGCCGUGCCGUGCUCCUGCACAUCUCCAACAAACCGGUGCGAGUUUGCCGGCCAUGUAUCGUCAUCCUCCAGGAGCAAGCAACAAGGAGAAACAGGAAUGAGUCGCUGGAGGAGGCUUCCAUGCCUGAAUAUGACGCCUCUAGUGAGGAGGACUGUGAGGAACAGAAUGAGAACCACGAGCCAACCUCAUGGUUCAAUACCCCGCAGGAACCUUCCUGGUCCCCUUACUGCUACUUUAAACCAGAGCAUGCAAAGCCCCCUGUUUGUGGCAUGUGAAAUGUGAAACUUUUGAAACUUUUGACUGUGUCUGGCACACUUUUGGGAGAAAAAGACAUUUUUAAGGAGAAAAAAGGAAGUAUGUACACUACGCUUGUGGAAUAUGUCCCAGAAAUAU